AUGGUUUCUAUGCAGUCAGUUCUCAGCCUCUUCACUGGCAAUUCAAGAGCCUAUCUCGUCAUUGGAAUAUUUUUUGUGUUCCUGGCGUUCAUCUACUGGUCACCAAAUGCAAAUCGGCCCCCUCGCCUCCCUGACACCAUUCCUUAUGUUUCAAAUACGAUCCAAUACUUGACCGACGCUGGCAGAUUCUUGGACAGAGUAAACGAGACUUUAGAGGCGACCAAGAGCAACGUUGUCGGAUUCUACGUAGGCCUGAGGCCCGCGUACAUCGUGAUCGGACCGAAGAAUGUACAAAAGGUCUUCGGUUCGCCUCACAUAUUGGAUGGCAAUUUUCUUCAGCUGGUUUUGAUGGAAAAGCACUGGGGAAUGACUAAAGACGAGAUCCAGAAGUUCGCAGGUGACACUUCUGGACGGCUGAAGACUCCAGCUCCAGGGACAGAAUCCAUCCGUGAAGACCAAAGAUUUUGGCUCGGACAUGACCGUUUGUAUGCUGAGUAUCUUACUCAGCAAAAUUACUCCGAUGCUCUAGCUCAGUCCUUCCAGACGUUAUUCUCGCAACGGCUCGAAGAGCAUGCGACGACAGAAUGGGUCACAGUGGAGCUAUUUCAGCUCCUCAAGUCUGCAAUGGCCGAGAGCGCUAUUAUUUCGCUAUUUGGUUCUAAGAUUAUUGAACUGAAUCCUGGUUUUAUCGACUGCUACUGGGAGUUCGAUGAAAUCGCGGGUACUUUGGUCUGGGGCCUGCCAAACUUCAUGCAGCGCUCUUCUGUUGCAAUUAGGGACCGUCUACAUAAGAUGACGAGGAAGCACAUCGAUUCAGCGUGGGAUCAGUUUGACUGGUCAGGUCCAGACGCUGAUUCGGCCUGGGAGCCGCAUUUUGGGUCUAGAUUGUCUCGCGAGACUGCAAAGUGGCUUCGAGAGAGGGGCUUUUCAAACCAAGCUGCUGCUGGACACACUUUGGCUUCCCUUUUUGGGCUGAACGGGAACACAGUGCCUAUCUCAGCGUGGGCGAUGAUUGAGCUAAUCAAGGACCCGUCCCUGUAUAAGGCAGUGCGCAACGAGGUACUGAAGACACUUACAGUCGACCCAGAUACUAAGAAAACUCAUUUGAAUGCGCGCGCGCUCAUUAACAUGCCGCUCAUGCAGUCUCUGUAUACAGAGACUAUGCGCAUACACGUGUCCUUCAACGUGACUCGUGAGGCAAAGGAGUCCAUUGAAAUCGAUGGCUAUCAUCUUGAGAAGGGCUCGUUAAUUCAGACGUGCUCACAGAUUUCACAUUUCGAAGAAGCUGUAUGGGGGGUCGAGGGUCAUCCUGCAUCUGAAUUUUGGGCGUGGCGGCAUAUCAAGUGGGUGGAAAAGACAGAUGAGGUCACUGGAGAAGUGACGAUGCAUCCAACUUUCGCUAUGAAGGGUCGACCAAGCUCUUUCUUCCCUUAUGGUGGAGGUUACGUAAUGUGCCCUGGACGCCACUUUGCAAAACAAGAGAUCCUACUGGCGGUAGCCGUCAUGGUCACCAAAUUUGACAUCGAGUUUGUGGAGUGGAAAAACUCUGAUGGGUCAAAGUCCGACAGGCCAGCACAGGAUGAUAGGAGGUUUGCUGGCUUCAUUGCCAUGUCUCCAGACAGGGAAAUGGAAGUUCGCAUACGAAAGAUUAAAUGA